UGAAGAGAACAAAAAUAAAAAUAAAACAAAAAUCAACCUUUAUAUUACAAUCCUUAUCCUCUUGACCAAGAAAAUCACCAUAAUAUAAUUCCCAUGCAGUUUGUUUUACUUCACCACCAGCUUCAAAAUGCAAUCCACCCCAUCCAUCAAAACCAAAUACAAAUCAUCUUCAAGAAGACACAAGCUAGGAUUCUUCACCCCUGAAAACUCCACAAAUCGCUACGUAGCAAUCUGGCACAUCUCCCAAUCCUACAAGGAUGGAAAUCUUGUAAUCUUGAACGCUCAGAACCGGGUGAUAUGGUCAACAAACAUUUCAAUUUCAAGCAACUCAACGAGAACAGCUCAGAUUCUCGAUUCAGGAAACCUGAUCCUGCGAGAUGAUGAAACCGGAGAAACAGUUUGGGACACUUACUCCCAUCCUAGCGGAUCAGCUGUCCCAGGAAUGAGAAUCGCGACGAACCGAAUCACCCUGAAGAAAAUCCAGUACACCACAUGGAAAAAUAGUACUGAUCCCUCUUCAGGCUACUUCACAGCUAGUCUAGAACGAUUGGACACUCCAGAAGUGUUUUUCUGGCGCAACAAAACUCAUCCAUAUUGGAGAACUGGUCCAAGGAAUGGACGAGUUUUCCUCGGCGCACCGAGGAUGCUAACUGAGUAUCUGGCUGGAUGGGAAUUUCAAAAGGAUGAUGGUCAUGGAAAUUCUUAUCUUACUUACAAUUACGGUAAGCAGAACACCUUUGGAAUUCUGCACAUGACUUCUAAUGGUUCACUUCAAUAUAUAAGCUUUUACAACAAGAUAGAAAUAAACCAUAUUUGCACCCAGAAUGUGUGUGAUUUCUAUGUCACUUGUGGGGCUUUUGGGAACUCUGACGCUUCGAGUGACCCGAUUUACAGCUGUUUUGAAGGGUUUAGGCCGCGGGAUGCGGGGGCGUGGAGCGCGAAGAAUUGGACCGGCGGGUGCGUGAGGACGGCGGAGCUGCGGUGUGUGGAGGUGAAAAAUGGGAGUGAAGUGCAGCAAGAUGGGUUUUUGUUGUUUAAUAAUAUGAAGGUGCCUGACUUUGCAGAGAGAUCUGAUGGGGAUCAAGAUAAGUGUGGGAGGGAUUGCUUAGGAAAUUGUUCUUGUUUGGCUUAUGGGCAUGAUCCUUAUAUUGGUUGCAUGUAUUGGAGUAGGGAUUUGAUUGAUUUGCAGAAAUUUCCAAGUGGAGGUGUUGAUCUCUUCAUUCGUGUGCCUGCUGAACUAGUUAAAGGCAAAGGGGGAAAUGGAAACAUGAAAUUGAUUAUUGCCAUUUCUGUGGCAAUUGGUGCAGUUACCUUAGCUGUUUGUUCAUAUAUUUUGUGGCGGAAAUUCACUGCCAAGCCUACAGGGAGCCAGCCUCAAUUCGAAGAUCAUAAAGAAAUGAAACUACAUUAUCUACCACUAUUUGAUUUUGAAACGCUUGCAACCGCCACAAAAGGCUUUCAUUUGGGUAAUGUGCUUGGGAAAGGAGGUUGUGGUUCAGUAUAUAAGGGAGAUUUGGAAGAUGGCCAAGAAAUUGCAGUAAAAAGACUCUCAAAAGCUUCUGGACAAGGAUUAGAAGAAUUCAUGAAUGAAGUUGUGGUGAUCUCCAAACUUCAACAUCGCAAUCUUGUAAGACUUCUUGGUUGUUGUGUUGAGCGAGAUGAGCAGAUCCUGGUUUAUGAGUUCAUGCCAAAUAAGAGUUUGGACGCAUUUCUCUUUGGUUAGUUCUUCCCUAUUAUAUAUUCUACUUCUAAAACAUAUGGGAUCGUCUCAUGUGCAUAUUUCUCAUGGCACUGUCGUGCUAUAUAAAAUCUUGUGUCUAUCUCGGUCUUCAUGCCUAUUAUAUAGGUA